AAAUCAGAGCACGUCAGUCAGUGGUCAGCCGCGCGCGAGUGUACACAUCCCGAUCCCGAUCGACCCGACACUUUUGGACUUGAGAGCAGAACAUCACCAGACGAUGCUCUAGCAAUAUAUUGAAAAUAAGUGUGCCCUGUUAUCAGUUACCAGAAAGAAUGAGCUUCCUAGUUUCCGUUAAAGUGAUAGUGAAUUGAGAACGUAAAUUUUACAAAUAAUUGGCCCCAUUUACGUUGUAGCAGCCGUCGAGAAAAGGAAGACCAAAACUGGACCGUACACGGAACAAAGUGCAAGUGCAACAGCAGAAGAAGGUGUGGUGAAGGCGAUAAGGAAGGAAGGAAGGAAGGAAGAGAUACUUUUGGGAUCGCAACGCACCAUCGGAGCACGAUGCAGCAGAGAAUCGUUGUUGGUGCACUCUUCAUCUUUACUUUCACUGGACUCAUCUAUUUCACCCGGGCAUGCGAGCUUGAUCAGACCCAGCAUGGCUGUCGGAUAGACAACGGACAAUGCACCUGUGCCUUUGGUUGUAAAUCAGAGUUCCGAUAUGCCACCCGGAAGGAGUGUCAAGAUGCCCUAAAAGGCCGAUCCAAUGAUAUCUGCAGUAGGCAACCGUGCAUGAAUGGUGGAUCCUGCACGCAGGUCAGCGCGAUGCCACAGUACAAGUGCCGCUGCGAAGGAACCGGAUACUGGGGCAAUCGAUGUCAGCGAUUGUGUCCCAAGCCGGAACAAGUAACAGCUGGUACGAAAUUCCCACACGAAUGCGUGGUAAUCUAAAAAGCAUAACACCACACCGAAAGACGCCACUGUAUUCGUCAUGUAUGUUCAACUAAAGCAAUGCUCUACAAAAUAUUGUGAAUGGAAAACUUUUUUUUGUUCAAAUGAAAAGAAACACUACCAGUGAUAAGGCAGGCAACACAUGAAACUCUUUCUUUUCUUUCGAUAAUUAUUUCCUACAUUUGUGUCGUUCGUUUUCUGUAUUGCCAUGAACCGUGAGCCCGAACCGAUGAUGUUUGAAACCGCUUCCCAGCCCGAUGGAAGCUGCCAACAUCUGCUGAUAAGCGGCAGACUAACUGCUAUCAAGCCCAGAACAAUAACAAUGACGAACCGGGCGCGAAUGCGUUAUAUUAUAAUAUUUACGUAGGUAGUGAAAAUUGUAAGAUUACUAAGAAGCUUGGAAUAAAAGUGUAAAUAAAUACAUGUCGUAAUUCU